AUGAGUACCUACGAUUCUCAGCUGUCCGACUACAUCGAGGGUUGGCUCAGCACCUUCAUCGCCGAAAAGACGUGCAGCCAGAAGCCCGACGCGUCGUCGAGGCUCAAUUGGAACGACAUGCCGACGCCGCCAUCGUCAGACCCUGACGAAGCAGCCAUACCAGUAGAGCGAUCGAGCACGCCUCCCAGACGACGCUCGCCCAGAAGACCACAGCGGAAUGCUGCCCCAGAAACGCGACGAGCACGAGAUAUCACUCCCGAAGCCCUUCGCGAUGACCCCUUCGAUGACCAGACUCCGAAAGGUCUCCCACGCACAGCAGCGACGAGACUCCCCGAACGUCCAUUAAAAGCCCCAAUUUUAGCGCCCUCGUCCUCCGCAUCCCGAACGUCACAUGCAUCCCGGUCGUCCAGUCCUGUUAAACGCAAGACUCUCGACCUCCUGCAAAAACCCGUGCGUUUCAUCCCAAUGAAGAGAUCGCAGCUGCCCGAGCACAUCCACAAGAUAUACGACAAUAUCUUCAGCAUUGCGGACAAAAAUAAAUAUAUCCCACAAGCAGUUGAGAAAGAGCUGAAGAAAACUGAGGACGUCACUGUGGCGCGGUGGUUCUUCAAGCACAAUAAGAACAAGACGUCCGAGUACGAAAGAGAACUUGCAGUGCUAAAGGAGAUUCGUGAAGAAGCGGUAAACAGACAGGAUCAACAAGCGUCAGAGGCAGCGUGGAACCUCGAAGUCCACGGCCCACUACUGAAGCUUGCCCUUGAACAAAUUUCUACCGUGCAGCGCGAGAUUAUUACAACCGCGAGUAUCAGCAAACCUUUCGUCCCCGACACGAAAUUCGACUCGUACUAUGACAUGUCCAAGUCUAAGAUGAUAGAUUGGGGAAUUACAGCGAUCCCCUCGGCAUCUACAGCAGCGCACAUCGACAGGAUCUUAGACAGUCUACCGAUAACCGAAAAAUCUAUUAACCAGACAACCUACGGACCCGUCGUGAAGAAUCCGAUUGCCGUGUCAAUCGAGAUCAAAACUGCCAGUGGCUCCCUCGAAGAAGCGCGCGCACAGCUGGGGUUAUGGAUAGCGGCGUGGCAUAAACGCAUGAGUCUGCUCAAGCAGUGCGACGAGCAAAUCAUCACGCUCCCCCUUAUCACAGUCAUGGAGCACGAGUGGAAGCUCAUGUUUGCUGUCGAUCGUGGGGAUUCUAUUGAUAUUUUUGAGGAUAUCGGGAUUGGUAAUACGAGGGAUCUGUCGGAUCUGUAUCGUAUUCUUGCGGUAUUGAAGGAGUUGGGCGCGUGGAUGCAGACAGAGUACCUCGCUUGGUUAGACCGGUGGCUAGGAUUGGCACUGCCUCUGUAG